AUGGUACAAGGGAUCGUUCGGAGCCCUGUGGUUCCGUCCACCUAUGAGCGAUCACCUGUACCGAUCAAGGUUGUCGGACGCCCCGCCAACGUGUCUAGCAACAAUAGAUAUACUGCUUCCCCACCGCGACAUUCGUCGCCGAGCAGAAACAAUCUUAGUUCUGUUCCGUCGAGACACCAAAGCAAGGCUCGUGAUGGUAUUCCAUACGUCCCACGGCUAGCAAAUCCUUCCCCGACACGCUCGCGUAUAAGCGUCGCUCGGACGACAAGCUCACGAGAUCGCAUGCUGCGACGUCGGCGCGAAGAAUCCCGAGAUCCGCCGCCGUCCGAGCAAUCCCCGCCCGAACGAUUAUGUGAUUACGAUACGUCCGCGACCACUUUGUACGAAAUGCUCGAGUCUUCCAAUUGGGAUGAGGCCCGAAGUCGAUGUCGAUCUCACCCGGAAGAAGCCCGAACUUGGAUCGUUCGGAAAGACAAAAGCUUGCAGGUUCGAUGGAAGCUUUUGCCUUUGCACGCCGCCAUUAUCUUCCAGUCCCCAAAUUUUGUGGUUUCUUCCUUGCUGGAAAAAUAUUCUGCGGCAGCUUCUCGCCAAGACGACCAGGGUAUGUUGCCAUUGCAUCUCGCCUUUCGACACAAACAAGAAGAUGAAGAUCUGCUUGAACUAUUGCUGGUACAGUUCCCCAAGGCGGUAAUCAUGAAGGACAGGCGUGAUCGCGUCCCUCUGGAGCACGGUCGUGAUUGCAAGUACAGCGCCAAGCUCAUGCGGUUGUACGCGGAUGCAACGGUGGCGGGAUCCCGCGCUCUGGCCGCCAAAACGCUGUCGGGAUGUGGAAUGAACAGCAAUCAUACUGCCACAACAUCGACAAACACCAGCGUCCGUCAAAAGUCGGAAACAGAGCACGAGAAUCAAAUCGCGGCGUUACGGGCAAAGUACGAUUCGAAUCUUCAAUAUGUGAAACAGCAGUUCGAAGAGCGCAUAAACACGUUACGUGAGAAAAAUACUGUAAACACUCGGCAAAUGCGACUCUCUGCCGCAGCGGAACGUCAGGUAGUAGCCCAACAACAUCAAGACGAAAUGAACGAUUUACGCGACCUGCUGAGCCAGCAGGUUGGGAAGGAUAGGGACCAAGUCAAACGAUUAAGAAGUCAAGUUGAAAACCUGCAACGGCAAUUGCAGCAAAAUGAGACGCAAAAUGAAUCAAGCGCUGCCGAAAUUGCACUCGUCCAGGCAUAUGCAGAGGAAUUAAAGGAACACUUGGAGCAAAGUGUUCACGAUCAACUCCAAAUUCGUAAUCUUGCGCUUCAGCAACAAGAUGAGCUGGACUCGCAGCGUCAGCUACGAACUCAACUCGUAGAGACCUUGCUGCAACAAGAAGACUCGAAUGUACAGAACGACCGGCUACGAGGGUCAAAGAUGUUAGAAGUAUCUGACAGUAUUCGAAAUCGCAUAACAGAUCUAUUAGAGAGCGCUCCAUCGCUUGAGUCUCGCGAUCGCUAUGGUUACAAUCGUGUCAGAAAGGCACGAAAGGAUACCGUUGAACUUGUCUACAGCAGUAAAACUAAACCGUCUGCCUCAGACGAAGGGGUACGUUUGCAGAUGGACCAGAACAUGAAUCGUGGCAGCCCCCAGGAACAACAUUACAGUGAAGAGCCCAUCGAAGUUCAGGCCCAAGAGUUUUUUGCUGAAAUACCACAGCCCACGGGGGAUGUUUGCGGCCAAAUUAAAAUUUUGGGGGACGACAUUAGUGCAAUUACUGAUCACUCGCACUAUUAG